GAGAGCCAAAGGGCGAUGGCAAUGGGAUUGUUGUUCUGUCAAAAUAGGAGUCAGCACAGAUCUCCAAAGGAGGAAGGCUAGACGAAGCAGAGCAGCAGGAAAAGCCCAGGAAAAAAGCAAACUUCCCCUGCAGAUAUCCAAUGAGAGAAAAAGAAUCUGGCGUGGUGCAAAAUGGACUUCUUCUCCUUCUUUUCCAUCCAAACUUGGUCUCUCCUGGGGAUCUUCUUGCUCCUCCUUAUGCUCUAUGGGAUCUGGCCCUACAAUUUCUUCAAGAAACUGGGCAUUCCUGGGCCGAGGCCUCUACCUUUCAUCGGCACUUUCCUCGAAUACAAUAAAGGAGUUCUUGAUUUUGAUGAGAGGUGUCGCCAGAAGUAUGGCAAGAUCUGGGGAUUUUUUGACGGUCGUCAACCUGUGAUGGCUAUUAUGGACCCGGUGAUCAUUAAAACUAUCCUGGUGAAAGAAUGCUACACUCAUUUCACCAACCGACGGGACUUUGGCCUGAACGGGGACUUUGAUGCCUCCGUACUGGUAGCUCAAGAUGAACACUGGAAGAGGAUCCGCACGGUUCUCUCUCCCAACUUCACCAGCGGGAGACUCAAAGAAAUGCUCCCCAUUAUCAACCAUUACGGGGAGAUGUUGGUGAAGAACGUCCAGAAGAAAGGGGAGAAUGGAGAAUACAUCGACACCAAGGAUAUCUUUGGGGCCUACAGCAUGGACGUGAUCACCAGCACUUCGUUCAGCAUCGACAUCGACUCCAUAAACAAUCCCAAAGAUCCCUUUGUCGUGAGCAUGAAGAAAAUAAUCAAAACCAACUUUGUAAAUCCACUGCUGCUUCUCAUUGUCAUCUUUCCGUUUCUCAGACCAGUGCUGGAAGCACUCAACAUCAGCUUGGCACCCACCUCCGCCACUGGCUUUUUAAGGGGUGCUCUCAGGAAAAUCAAGAGUGACCGGCAAAAAAACGUUCACCAGGACCGGGUUGACUUUCUGCAGCUCAUGGUAGAUUCCCAAAUUUCAGGUGACGUCUUUGAUGGCACAAAUUCAUAUAAAGCUCUAAAUGAUCGAGAGAUUUUGGCACAGGCCUUUACCUUUGUUUUUGGUGGCUAUGAGACCACCAGCAGCACCCUCGGCUACAUGGCGUACUGCCUGGCCACCCACCCAGAUGUGCAGAAAAAGCUUCAGGACGAAAUCGACGAGGUACUUCCUGACCAGGCAACUCCUGUUUAUGAUGCUCUCCUUCAAAUGGAGUAUCUUGACAUGGUGAUCAAUGAAACCCUGAGACUCUACCCUCCAGGAGGACGGAUUGAAAGGGUUUGCAAAAACACUGUAGAGAUCAACGGAGUGACCAUCCCAAAGGGCACCGUUGCCAUGAUUCCUGCAUUUGUUCUCCACCGGGACCCAGAAUUUUGGCCGGAACCUGAAGAAUUCAGGCCAGAAAGGUUUAGUAAAGAGAAUAAGGAAUUCCUCAAUCCCUACGUCUUCCUUCCUUUCGGCAUCGGUCCCAGAAACUGCAUCGGGAUGCGUUUUGCGCUUCUCUCCUUGAAAGUGGCCACGGUGGUCCUGAUGCAGAGAUUCUCUUUCCGAACCUGCAAAGAGACGCCGAUCCCUUUGGAGCUGGAAAGUAAAGGUUUCAUGCGUCCCAAAAACCCCAUCCGACUGAAGUUUGUUCCCAGAGUUAUGGCUGAAUCUAAUGAAUGAAACCUAAGAGGUUAUUGCCACCUCCUCUCUUCUGCAUCCCAUGGAAUUGAAGAAGGCGGACUGAAGAUCACCUAGGGAAGGCCAUGUGUGUAAAUGGUUUUAUGCAUAUCAUCACAUCGGUGACAUUAAUAGAGAAAAGCUGAAGAAGAACUUGCAGCUUUUCUUUCCACGAACGUCAGUACAAUAGUUCUGUAUAUGCUCAUAUCUUCUAUAUAUAUAAAGGAGUAAAAACCUAUUGAAAACAUUCACUACAAAAACAUUGACUACUAAAAGACCGACUGCGUUCGAUAAUCCAGAACAUUGGAUAAGUGAAUGCUGGAUAAGUGAAACUCUACUGUAAUAUGAAAUAAUUACUGUGGUAUAAUAAUACAGAACAAUAUAAUCUCUAAAACCAGGACAAUAAAUAAACAGCAACACUCGGAAACCAGGCAAAUUGGGAAUUCCAGAAAAGGAACAAUCAAGGCCAGCUAACACUUCCCAACAAAGGAUUCUCCUAACUGGCCAAACAAGGAUUCCGCAACCAAGAAAACCUCGCUGCUAUUCCACCUGGCCAACAAAUGAUUCCCAUAAGCCACAGCAACACGUGGCCGGGCAAAGCUAGUACUGUAUAAACGGACCCUGUGUAUAAGUCAAAGGCAGCUUAUAGAUUUUGAUAUGAUCUGUGGAUAAGUUGAGGAACCUCGUGAACUAAUCCCACUCUCCAUUAGGAAGCUACACUAUUGCUAUUUACGGGCCCACUUUUUAAAACUCAUUCUUAUUGAAGUUAGGGAACUAUGGGAUGGGCAUCCAACAUGCAAUACUGGUGCGAAAAACAUAUAUAUAUAUAUUCCUUCCUUGCCUAGUUUAUCUAUGCUUCACAACCUCUGAGGAUGCCUGCCAUAGAUGUGGGAGAAACGUCAGGAGAGAAUGCUUCUGGAACAUGGACAGACAGCCAGGAAAACUCACAGCAACCCAUAGUAAUGUUAUCUCGGAUCAGUAAAAGUUUACUGGGUUGCUGUGAGUUUUAUGGGCUGUACAGUCAUGUUCCAGAAGCAUACAUAUAUAUACUGUAUAUACUCGAGUAUAAGCCUAGUUUUUCAGCCCCUUUUUAGGGCUGAAAAAUCUCCCCUCGGCUUAUACUCGAGUGAGGAUCCUGGCUGGUUUAUGCUCGGGUUGGCUUAUACUCAAGUAUAUACGUAAUCAGACUUAGACAGUCUUAUCUUAUUAAAGUCUUAUUAUCAUAAAUUACAAUUUUAUGUAAACAUUCAAAAACAUUUAACCUAUUGAUGCCUCAAAUAAUGUAAUUUUAUUAGUAUCUAUAUUUAUUUUUAUUUUUGAAAUUUGCCAGUAGCUGCUGCAUUCUCCACCCUC